ACCAGGCUUGUUUAACCCAUUCGGGUUUCCGUAGUAAACACUUGCGCGUGGUCUGUUGCCUGGUAACAGCUGACAACGUCUCGUUUCUCAACUUUUGUUCUGGACGAAAUAAACGGAAUCAGGGGAUGUCCGUGCCUUUUUCCAACACCCACCUCCGCGUCCCCCGAGGCUUCGGAAACCUCCUGGUGGGACUGGCCAGAGAGAUCCUGAGAGACCAGCCCGAAGACAUACCCACCUUCGCUGCCCUCUAUUUCAAUGACCUCCUGAAAAAAAGAGCCGACAGUGGGAUGGAUCCUGCUGAGUGGGCUGCCAGGCUUGAAGACAGAUUCUACAACAAUCACUCAUUUAAGACGGAGCGGAGACCGGGUGGUGUCAGCGAAGAGCAUGGGACCGUGACAGCUGGCGCUGAAAUUGACGAGGUUGGAUCGCUCAGAAACAGAAGAGCGGAACCUGUCGUGCCCAUCAAGACGUCAGUGGUGUCAAGUGCCACCUUCGACGUAAUCAAGGGGGUGUCAGGUGCUGAAAAUGGGGCUGGCGAGAGGGCCCUUGGUGACGCAGGUGCAGCAGUGAGCAGGGUCGAACUGGAGGAUGAGCCCUCCCGCGAGGCCUCUUAUGGCGGUGUGGCCAAUGUGGACAUAUGUGCUCAAGAGCUGAGAGACCCGGAGGGGGUCAGGUCACUGGCUCUGGAUAGAGGCACCAUAGGAAGUGAUGUCUUGGAUGUUAUGGUUGCUGUGCCCCUGCUGACUGAGAGAGAGAAGUCUGAGGCUCAGGAUGAGGAUGUGGAAGCUGUAGGAGGAUAUGAGCAUCUUCUCCAGGAAUGGCGGGCUGAUGUUGACGAUGUUCUGCCAGAAAAGGAAGCCAAGGGAGGCCUCAGUUCUGGUUCCUGCUAUGAAAUACCUAAUUUAAAAGACCAUGCUGAGGAGGCUCUGGAUUUCUCUCAAAAGGGAGAAGACCUAGCUGGAGAAGAGGACAGGAUAAAGUACAUAGACCUGAGUGAGACAGGAGAUAUCAUGGAUACACUGUUAGAGAAAAAGAAGGCAGAGGAAGGAGACACAGUGGAGGGCGUUUUAGAAAGCUACACCCCCGCAGAAGGAGAGAGUGUCCUGGAUAUACAGGCAGGGAGUCAAAUGAAAGAAGAGCGUCUGCAAAGUGCUUCAGUGUCCUCUAACAUUGGAGAAGAUGAAGAGAGAGUCAAACAACAGUCUUUCACAAUUAACACCACAGAAUUGAUAUAUGGUAAUGAGCCUGUAGCCAUUGAUGAAGGGCCUUACCAGUUAAGUGUCCAUCCUGGGGUGGGGGGAGAUGAUAGACUUGAAGCGGACAGCCCUGACAUUGAGAGAAAGUAUGGGAAUGGAUGGACUGAAAGUUACAGAGCUGAGAUAAACAAGUAUGUUUUUGUUGAAGGUUCUGAAUGUGAAGAUGGGAGGGAGUGCAGCCCGGUGGGAGAUCUCCAAGUACAAGAUAAGGAGGAGAAUGAGGGCAUAGCUGAGGAGCCACAAGGAGAUACAUCUGAGCAGAGGGUGGGGCCACAGCCAAAGUCUGACACAGAGGAACACCUGCUUACGGUGGACCAACCAAUCACAGAAGAAUACCUUAUCUCAGAUGAACACACACUUACCAGAGAGCACUCAGUUACUCAGGACCAACCAAUCUCAGACAAAUACCUGACUGAGGAUGAACACCUGCUCACAGAGGAGCACUCGAUUGCAGAGGAACAACCAAUCACAGACAAAUACCUGACCAAGGAUGAGCAUCUGCUCACAGAAGAGCACUCAAUUACAGAGGAACAACCAAUCGCAGACAGAUACCUGAUCGAGGAUGAACACCUGCUCACAGAGGAGCACUUGAUUACAGAGGAACAACCAAUCGCAGACAGAUACCUAACCAAGGACAAACACCUGCUCACAGAGCAGCACUCGAUUACAGAGGAACAACCAAUCACAGACAAAUACCUGACUGAGGAUGAACACCUAUUUACUGAGGAGCACUCGAUUACAGAGGACCAACCAAUUGCAGACAAAUAUCUGACCAAGGACAAACACCUGCUCACAGAGCAGCACUCGAUUACAGAGGAACAACCAAUCACAGACAAAUACUUGACUGAGGAUGAACACCUACUCACAGAGGAGCACUCGAUCACAGAGGACCAACCAAUUGCAGACAAAUAUCUGACCGAGGAUGAGCUUCUGCUCACAGAUGAGCACUCAAUUACAGAGGAACAACCAAUCACAGACAAAUACUUGACUGAGGAUGAACACCUACUCACAGAGGAGCACUCGAUCACAGAGGAUGAACCAAUCACAGACAAAUACCUGACCAAGGGUGAACACCUGCUCACUGAGGGACAUUCGAUCACAGAUGAAUGCACACUCACAGAUAAAUAUCUGUUGACAGAAGAACAUCUGAUCACACAGGAUGAUGCUCCCUCAGAGCAAAACCUGGUCCCAGAAGAAACUGGAUGCCUGUCUCCUAGGCUCGAAAAGAGUGCCAGUGAAAGCAACCAAGAACAAGCCCCAGAGGAACGAGCAAAUGGUCUCCCCAACAUCUACAGUGCAAAGGACCACAAGGAUGAGUGCAACCAACCGCAGGAGGAGGACGUGAUGGACAUUCCCCUGGACGACCCCGAGGCCAACAAGGCAGCUGCCAAAAUUCAGGCUGGCUUCCGAGGACACAUGACCCGGAAGAAGAUGAAGGACGACAAGCCCAGGGAGGAGGUGAGCAGCACUGGGGAGGCGCUUAACGGCCGCCGGAGGGAUUCAGGAGCAGCAGGAUCAGAAGAAGUAGAAGGAGACGACACCUCCACCCCAGAACAGUGAGGUUCCGGAGCCCGGCGGAGCUUAGCACACCCACUGCAAUAACCAGAUCUCUUGUCUUAAAAUAGCUUUCCAUGUACGAAAUAAAGAAACUCCGAGUUGGAAGGGGGAUUGGGCUUUGUCGUACGAUCUGUGAACAUACUCACACUUUACUGCUUACUGUCCAGUGUGGAUAGAUGUCUGUGAUCUAAAAAAAAAAAAAAAAAAAAAACAUUUUAUAGCAUGUUUUUUUCUUAUCUUGGCGAAUGACCUCGGUGACCAAGUACUGCCUGAAUAUUAAGGAAGGCGCUUUUGCAAAGUUACAGAGAGGGCAAAAAACAAAAAAAAAAAAAGAAAAAUAACCCCGAAAUGUUUGACUGUUUUUAAAGAUGUUUUAUUUGAUUGCAACUUACUUUCAGUCCUGCACUUACUUAUGCAUCUGCUGUAACUUUUUUCAUUUUAUGGUUUUGAUCAGUUUGUUCUCGUUUGUGAAAUUCCUGUAAAGCCGUUCCCAUCAGAUGAACCAACUUUGUGUCACGGCACCAUGUGUGAGUAGGUUUGUCAUUAAUAAGCUCAAUCGGCCAGAAGUUCACACAAAUGCAGCCUGUCAGUCAUCUUAAUUAGCUAUUGUCUUCAUUAUUUAAUAUUACUCACAUGCACUAUAGAGAUUUGUUUUAGAUAAUGUUGGGUAUUGUUUGUGUAAAGGAAAGAGGCUUUCGAAGCGUAAGUACGUAGUCACACAGUCAUCUGAUGAAAGCAUAUGGAGGCCAGAUAAUUUCAUUUUCUUUCAGUUAUGUUCUGUAAAGAAUAUUGUUUUUCUAAAACAUGAGCAUGCGACAUUAAAGUGUUUCGUAAGCCAGUGUUUAGUUCUGUCUACGGAGAAUUAGAAUUUGAGCUCCUUCUGUGAUUUUCAUGGGCACCAGAAAACAUACUCUGUAUGUGAAACUUCAACCUUGGUCUCAUCUUUUACUUGAAGCAGAUGGGUGAGAUAGCGAUUGUAUCAAAUCAGUUAGACAACAAUAUGUCGGCAUGCUGCACGUUCAACCUGGGUGGACUUUCUUACCUGCUGCAUUCUUUAAAGGACUAACACCUGUUUGAAAAAUUAAUAAAUAAAAAGGAAACUGUUGCCAGUU